AUGGCUGAUUUGAAAGGAAACUUAGUUUACCAGACUUUAUCAGACUCAGAAGAGAGUAUAGAUGAUCUCAGGAAUACUCGAGAAGAGUCAGAUUCUCAUGAAAUCAUACAGCAACUCAAUGAAGUUCCACAAGUUACUGUUGGGCAGCCAAUAGUUUUUGAUCAAGAAAAAUAACGAUAACACUAAUCAGCAAAGAUCUUAUAACAAUUAUAUCUCAAAUCAAAUCCUAAUUCCCUCCAACCAAGAAGUCCCUGACCCAGUUCUCCCAAUCCCAGACCAAGCAAGAGGCGGAAGAAGGCAUAAGUGAUCCUGAGUAGUUAUUUCUUGAUUGCUAGUGGUAAUCAUUAUUGUGUUUAAUGUUGUGUAUUAUUCUUAGA